AUGAAGCUGCUUUUCCCUACUAUGCUGUCGGCUUUCGCAGCCACAGCGAUGGCUUCGCCUUCGGUCAAUAUUGAAUCCGGUACCCUUCUGGGUGGAAAGUGUGCCAACAAACAAAAUUCCGUCUACUACAAGGGAAUUCCCUAUGCUGAGCCUCCCCUUGGAGAGCUGCGUUUCGAGCCCCCCAAGCCCUACGGCAAAUACCCCAAUAGGGUGUUUAAUGCAACCACCCCGGCCACGGCCUGCAUUCAAUUUGGAUCAACAUUCGAAGCACAAGGCAAGAAGUCUGAAGAUUGUCUGUACUUGGAUGUUUGGACUCCAUCUCAUGCCACUAAAGACUCCAAGCUGCCUGUCAAGGUGUGGGUCUACGGUGGAUCAAACACAGAUGGCGGAAUCAGCGACUCUCUGUACGAUGGCUGCAACAUGGCAGAGGAUGGCACAAUUCUGGUGUCGAUUAACUACCGACUUGGACCCCUUGGUUUCAUGGGAUUGAACAGUGCCGGAAUCUACGGUAACCAAGGAAUUCAAGAUCUCCUUCUUGGAUUGGAGUGGGUUCAAAAGAGCAUCUCUGCUUUUGGAGGUGACCCGAAAAAAGUCGUUCUCUUCGGACAGUCAGCUGGUGCUACCGAUGUUUAUGCUAUUGCUACUCUUCCUGAAGCACCAUCGCUCAUCAAUGGUGCUAUCGCGGAGUCCAUCGCUUUGCCCUCGCUGCUGUCGAAUGUUUCUCUGCAACAGAGCGGUGCAUCAUAUGCCAAGUCUCUUAACUGCAGUGUUGGAGAUAAAUCGUGCCUAAAGUCCAAGACUGUCGCUGAGCUGAAGAGCGCGUACAAGUCUGACAGCUACCUCACUACUGGAAUCGGAUCAGCUUCUGGCCUUGGUGUUUCGUCUGCAUACUCGCACAGGUUCUGGCCGUAUGUCGAUGGCCAUGUCAUCUCCGAGAACCCCAUGACUCGUGGCAUUCAAGUCCCGACCAUCUUUGGAUCCAACCAAAGAGAAGGCGUGAUGGAUGCUCUCACCAAGUACGACAGUGUCGAGCUUGUGGAAUCUGCCAAACCCGCUGAUUACACCAAAUUCCUGCGCGACAACUUCGGCCCCGCCGCUGCCACUAUCGGGAAAUACUACCCCCUCUCGCUAUUCAACGCCACCCUCUCGCCCGUCAUCUCAGCCAUUGCAACCGUCAUCACCGACUCUCAGUUCAAAUGCGCCGGAUACCAGGCCGCCACGCUGGCGAGACAGAAGAACAUGCCCGCCUAUAUCUACGAGUUCACCCACAACUCCACCUGUGUCUGGCUCGACACGAUGAUCCAGGACUACAUUUCUGUCUAUGGCGCUGCUCACACUGCCGAGCUCCCCUACGUCUUUGGCAACCUGCACUUUGACUUUGCCAACUCCAACACGACCUGCACGGACACACCGGCUGAGAUGAAACUCAGCAAGCAGAUGAUGAGCUUGUGGACUGCCAUGGCGGAGAACGGUAACCCUUCUACUGACGCCAUCCACUGGCCGCAGGUUGAAGUCGCAAAGAACUUGACGACUCCUGGGUUGGUCUUUGCUAACUCGACUGCGCCUGGCUCUAUUGACUACUCGGCUUGUGCUCUGUGGAAUAAGGUUGAUGCUCUCCUGAGCAAUAAAACUGUUGUGGACGCGUGGGAGAGAAGCACUGCUUCGGCAUCUGCUUCGGCGACUCCCUCGGCGACUCCUUCGCCGGUUGGUGGUGCGUGCCGCGCAUAA